UUCUCCGCUCGGUGCCGGGAGGAAUGCAGGAGGAGGCUGCCUGUGGUACAUCUUGGACUGUUCGAGAAACGUGCCUGCGCCUGUGAAGUUGCAGGGGGCGGGGGGGGGGGGAAAGGUGAGGCCGGCACCGGGUGGGGCAGCGCCCGGGAGAAGGAAAGGGGGACCCCCGCCCCGAGUGCGCGCGCUGCCCAUGGACACUCCCGCUGCCCAGGGGGCCCGGCCUCCCCCUCGCUCCAAGAAGCGCUCCCCGCCGGCCCCUGCGAGGCCCGUGCUCGCCCUGCUGCUGCUGGUCUCCAUCAAGCAAGUUACAGGAUCCCGCCUUGAGGAAACAACUCGCAAGUGGGCUCAAUACAAAGAGAAGUGUCUGAGAGACUUGCUUAAGGAACCUUCUGGGACCUUUUGUAAUGGAACCUUUGAUCGAUAUGUGUGCUGGCCUCAUUCUUCUCCGGGAAAUGUCUCUGUUCCCUGCCCUUCAUACUUACCUUGGUGGCGUGAAGAGCUGUGUUUACUUUCAGAAAACUCAGGAAGGGCCUACAGAUACUGCUUGGCUCCGGGCACUUGGCAGACGCUGGAAAACUCCACAAAUAUUUGGCAGGAUGACUCCGAAUGCUCCGAGAACCACAGCUCCCAAUACAACGUGGAACACCAUGCUUUGCUGUCGACACUGAAGGUGUUGUACACCGUGGGGUACUCUCUCUCCAUCAUCUCCCUCCUCCUGGCACUCACCCUCCUCUUGUUUCUUCGAAAACUCCACUGCACACGCAACUACAUCCACAUGAACUUGUUUGCUUCUUUCAUCCUGAGAGCCCUGGCUGUGCUGGUGAAGGAUGCCGUCCACUCCAACUCUUACUCCAGGAGACCCAACAAUGACAAAGGGUGGAUAUCCUACAUGUCGGAAGUAUCUGCUUCCUGCCGCUCGGCCCAGGUCCUGCUGCACUACUUCGUGGGUGCCAAUCACUCAUGGCUGCUGGUUGAAGGCCUUUACCUCCACACGCUGCUGGAGCCCACAGUGCUCUCUGAGAGGCGGCUGUGGCCCAGAUACAUGCUGGUGGGUUGGGCCUUCCCGCUGCUGUUUGUUGUACCCUGGAGUAUCGCCCGUGCACAGCUGGAGAACACCGGGUGCUGGGGAACCAACAGGAAUAAGAAAAUCUGGUGGAUCAUCCGAGGGCCCAUGCUGCUUUAUGUAAUGGUCAAUUUCUUCAUCUUCCUGAAAAUUGUCAAGCUUCUCAUUUCUAAGCUCAAAGCCCAUCAAAUGUGCUUCAGAGAUUAUAAGUACAGAUUGGCAAAGUCAACACUGGUCCUCAUUCCUCUGUUGGGUGUUCAUGAGAUUCUCUUCUCUUUCAUCACUGAUGAUCAAGUGGAAGGAAUUUCAAAACUCAUACGACUCUUCAUUCAGUUGACUCUGAGCUCCUUCCAUGGAUUACUCAUGGCCUUGCAGUAUUGCUUUGCCAAUGGAGAGGUGAAGGCGGAGCUGCGGAAGCACUGGGUCCGCUUCCUGCUUGCCCGCCACUCAGGCUGCAGGGCCUGGGUCCUGGAGAAGAACUUCCGAUUCUUUGGGAAAUAUCCCAAGAAGCUGUCCCAGGCAGACGGCACAGGGACGCUGCAGAAGCUGCAGACCUCGUGUGGCGGCAAUGGGCAGCUCCUGCACAUGUCCGUGCAGGGCCUUGGGGGGCGGGGCGCCGGGCCCCCGCGGGGACACACAGCCUGGCCCCGGGGCAGCAGUGUGUCCGAGAGCAGCGAGGGGGACUUCACCCUGACCCACACCAUGGAGGAGAUUCUUGAAGAGAGCAAGAUCUAGGCUGGAGGCCCACCGCCCUGGCUCUGCUCCCCGGGGAUCGCACAGAGUCACCGGUCUCCCCACGCACUGCGCCCACUUUGGCAUGAAGUUCAUGUCCAGGUCUCUCAUGCUCCAGACCCAGCGUGGAGGGUGCUCUGGAGGCUAAGCAGGGCCGGGCGGAUUAGGGUCAGGUCAGGGACUAAAACAAUAAGCAGGGGGCCCGAAGGAAAACCCCAGGUGGAACAUUCCAGGGAAACACGCGUUAACGCCCAGGAGUGUGGCUUUUAGAGUGUGCAAAAUGCAUGUGUAGGUGGGCGGGUACGUGCCAGGGACUAGAUCCUGCCUUCCAUUAGCAGGGGGGCCUACAGUAGGGUACUCAUCAAGUCCGGUUGCCAGAUUUAGCAGUUAAAAGUCUUAAUGCUCAAUUAGAUUUGCAUUGCAGAUACAUAAAUAAUCUUAUUGUGUAAGUACUUCCCGUGGGGUAUACAUUAUCUGUAAUUCAAAUUAAGUUGCACGUCUGGAAUUUCACCUGGCAACUCCAUUGUCAAGGACACUGCGCUGCAGGGCGGGGACUAGGGUGAGGCAGGUGAGGAACUUAGCUUGGGUACAAGAUUUAAGACAGCACUGAAAAAAAAAUAAACCAUUGUCGAGAUAAGUAAUAUUUUAACACGACAUUUUAAAAACUAAAAUCCACAAGCUACAGUGGAUGGGCCAUUUCUAAAGACAACUUUUUAUUAUAACAAGGCCAAGAUUACGGUAAGACAAGUGAGGCCAGCUCAUGCAAAUGCAGAGUCUGAUCCUGACUUUAUUGAAAAUGUUGAUAUUUCGCCCGUCGUGGACUUUUGGGCAUGAAUUUCUAUUUUUCUUUUUUUCUUUAUUAAUUUUAUUUUAUUAUGUUAGUCACCAUACAUUACAUCAUUAGUUUUUGAUGUAGUGUUCCAUGAUUUAUUGUUUGCGUAAA